AUGGUCGGCGGUUUCGAAACUGUGUCGGAGACAAAGGAAACGGCAAAUCCAGGGAACGGGCAGCCAGGCACUGACUCAACCACUACCACCAAAACGGAAGAGUACGUUGAAGACUUGUAUGAGGACUACGAGUUUGAUGACAACCCAAACCAAGGGGAGGAGGUGACCGCUAAAGAUAAAUCAUAUGCAAAUGCCGCCAACUUCAUGUACACCGUCGACAAAAAUCCAAGUGACGAAAACGUCUUUUUUGAUCACCACGAGCCGAACAUGCUCUUCAAUCGCUUUGGAGGGGAACCCAUAGGACGCAUUCCCAUCGGUUUGAAUGACAUCUACGCCGACUAUAUGGAUAAUCGAGAUUCCAUCCCGAAGGAGCAAGAAACAGUGAUAGUGACCGAACCCCCCUUGGAGAUAGAAUCUAAGACCUCGCGCAAGGACUGGGUCGCCAUUAACCUGAAUGAUCUUAGGAGGCCCUCCCAUGAAAAAGACAAAGAGAUUUCCACCAAACCACCUGAACAUGCCACGAAAUCCGCUACGCCUACCGAAGCUACCACUGUGCAAUCUAUGGAGUCGACUGUCGAUAAAAUAAACCGGGAAGUGCACGAUAUGAUGCUAUUUAAGUACAUUGUGUAUGCGCUGCUCCUAAUCCUCGUGAUACUCCUGCUCGCGUUCAUUAUCAGAAUAUGGCACUUGCUGGAGUACAAACCUUCGAAUGAUUUCCCACCGCCAGCGACACAGUAUGUUAAGCUGCCCCAGCCUGUGACUCUUCCAACAGUAGAAGAUGGUACAGAGUCGCUACUGCCCUAGUUGCCUUUUUUCGCUGAGUGCAGAGGAGCAGGUGAACCGGAGAGUGUCACUGUUGAAUAUGCAAAGCCGCGUUAUAAAUUAUUUUAAUAAAUAAACUUCCAUUUUU